CCCGCCCCGAGCCCCGCGGCGGAGCGGAGCAGGAGCGGAGCGGCUCGGCACGGCUCGGCACGGCUCGGCACGGCUCGGCACGCGGCAUGGAGCCGGCAAGGCGGUGGCGAGCGCUGCUCCUGCUGGGGCUGGGGCUCUCGCUGCUGCUGGUGGUGGCCGGUGAUUUCUGCAACGUAAACCACUGUCAGAACGGGGGCACCUGCCUGACCGGCAUCAACGAGGCCCCCUUCUUCUGCAUCUGCCCUGAAGGCUACGUUGGGAUUGACUGCAAUGAGACAGAGAAAGGCCCCUGCCACCCUAACCCUUGCCACAACAACGGCGAGUGCCAGUUGGUCCCAAAUCGAGGGGACGUCUUCACCGACUACAUCUGCAAGUGCCCCGCGGGGUACGACGGGGUGCACUGCCAGAACAACAAGAACGAGUGCUCCUCCCAGCCCUGCAAAAACGGAGGCACCUGCCUAGACCUGGAUGGCGACUACACCUGCAAGUGCCCUUCUCCCUUCUUCGGGAGGUCCUGCCACGUCCGUAAGUUCCUGGCACCCCUUGUCCCCAGGCAGGAGGCAGACGAGCCCCUGGUUCUGCUGCCUGGUCACGUAUGGCCCCUGCUCUCCCUCCCUCCCUCCCUCCCCGCGCCCCCAGGCUGUGCCGUUCCCCUGGGCAUGGAAGGAGGAGCCAUCUCGGACGCGCAGCUCUCGGCCUCCUCCGUCCACUACGGCUUCCUCGGCCUCCAGCGCUGGGGGCCAGAGCUCGCCCGCCUCAACAACCACGGCAUCGUCAAUGCCUGGACCUCCAGCAAUUACGACAAGAGCCCGUGGAUCCAGGCCAACCUGCUGAGGAAGAUGAGGCUGAGCGGCAUCGUCACGCAAGGCGCUCGCCGCGUGGGGAAGUCGGAGUACAUCCGCGCCUACAAAGUGGCCUACAGCCUGGACGGGAGGGAGUUCACCUUCUGCAAGGACGAGAAGCAGGACACGGACAAGGUUUUCCAGGGGAACGUGGACUAUGGCACCAUGCAGACCAACAUGUUCGACCCUCCCAUCACGGCCCAGUUCAUCCGCAUCUACCCCGUGGUGUGCCGCCGCGCCUGCACGCUGCGCUUCGAGCUCAUCGGCUGCGAGAUGAACGGUUGCUCGGAGCCUCUGGGCAUGAAAUCCCGCCUGAUCUCUGACCAGCAGAUCACAGCCUCCAGCGUCUUCAAGACGUGGGGCAUCGACGCCUUUACCUGGCACCCCCAUUACGCCCGCCUGGACAAGACGGGCAAGACCAACGCCUGGACGGCGCUGCACAACGGGCAGGCCGAGUGGCUGCAGAUCGACCUCCGGGACCCGAAGAAGGUGACGGGCAUCAUCACGCAAGGCGCCCGCGACUUCGGCCACAUCCAGUACGUGGCAGCCUACAAAGUGGCCUACAGUGACAACGGCACCUCCUGGACCGUGUACCGGGACAGCCAGACCAACAGCACCAAGAUCUUCCACGGCAACAGCGACAACUACUCGCACAAGAAGAACGUCUUCGACGUGCCCUUCUACGCCCGCUUCGUGCGCAUCCUGCCCGUGGCCUGGCACAACCGCAUCACGCUGCGCGUCGAGCUGCUGGGCUGCGACGAGUAGGCGCCGGGGCGGCGCGCAGAGCACCGACGGGGCUGCUCUUCCCCGCCGCCCGGCCCGCGCCCUGCCCGCCCCCGCGCACCUCCCGCUCCCACCUCAAGCCUCCCUCUCCCCCUCCCCGAAAAUUCGGGGGCGCUGCCUUUCGCCCUGGCUGGAUGGGGCUGGGGAGGCUCCCCCCGCCCUGCCUUGGCGCUGGGGCUGCAGCACUGCGCUUCGUGGGGCUGUUGUGGGUGGGAUGUGGGGAUGGGUCCUGCUCUUUUGCCCCGUGAGCUGGGAACGAGGGGCCCUUCUGCAGCUGGGGCUUGGCCGUAGGACCCCCCGCAAAUCCUGGAGCCAACUUUUCUGCCCCUUUUCGCUUCUGCUUCCAGCAGCGAGGCUACAGCCAGCAGCAGCGCCCUGCCUGCGCCACGCCAGAGCUCAGGGCUUGGCUGUUUUGGGGGGACCAAAACCAGCCCCCGCCGUCCCUCCUGCUCCCCGCACAGCUGCACGCAGGGGGCUGCAAACCCUCAGCUGGGUCCCCUGUCCCUUUCGCAAGGCCCCGAGUCCCCUUGCCGGUGGUGUCAGUGCUGCAUAGUGCGAGAGGAGUGAUGAGACGGGGGAGAGGCUGCUCCUAUCACAAAGUGCCGCGUCUCCUUGGCCGGCAGCUCUGCCCCCUGGGUCUGGCUUUUUGGCAGCCGAGAGCCCUCCCCAGCCCCCAGCCAGGCUGUUUUCCCCAAGGGAGCAAAUCCGGGGGUCUGCGGGGUGCGGGUGGUGGGGGCACCCUGCCCUCCUAAGGGGGGAGGUCUUGGGAAUUGUUUCUCUCCCCUUUGAUCACAUUCCCAGGGUGCCAGCACCAGCGUCCUCCAAGCCUCAGCAGUGCCACCGUCCCCUUUUAUUGGGGGGGCUGCAGGUCCCUCGCCCCCAGAGCCAAGCAGUGGCUGCCAUCUGCAGUGGGGACGGGGAGCUGGGCACGGGAUGCCGGGAGGAGCAGCAGCAGGCGGUGGCUGAGCGACCCAAGUGCAGUGGGCAGGCAGUCGCAUCCCUGACCCUUUUUGUAACCUGAUUUUUCCCUUUCUGUGCUGGAGGGGAGCCUCACGAUGCCGGAGCAGGCGGGAGUGGUAGUAGGAGAGGGGUGAGAGCUGACACUGCCAGGCAGGAGCGUGGCCAGGGGCUCAGGGCAGCGGCAGGACAAGCCCUCGCCUUGGGGCCGUGUCCCCAUGGGCAGCACUGGUGGCGAUGCUGUCCCCGUGUGCUGCGACGGGAAGCGGCCGCGGGGCCGGGCUGGCUUUGGAAAGCACCGAGGGGACCUGGCCCGUCUGGGGCUGGCCCUGCUGGGGUGUCACUGACAGUAUUAAAACCAGCUGAAACUUC